UGUGCCGUCCUUCUUGUGCUCGCGACGCUCCGCUCGUACCUCCAGGCCAGCAGUUCUGUGAGCGCCACGUGGAGCCGGCCAAACCCGCACCACGAGGCAGAGGCGAUGGCGAUGGCGAGGCGAAGCACGAGGACGGCACACAGGGAUUCUGUACCCGGCGAGAGGUCCGCCGGCUCCACACCCGCCGACACCGCCACUCCCGCCUCCACGCCCGCCUCCACGCCCGCUGCCGCCACUCCCGCCUCCACACCCGCUGCCGCCACGCCCGCCUCCACGCCCGCUGCCGCCACUCCUUUCUCCACACCCGCUGCCGCCACGCCCGCCGCCACGCCCGCCGCCGCCGCCGCCGACCCCGCCGAUGAGUGGACCAUGCGUCCAGACCUGGUGCGCGACCCGUGGCUGCGAGUCCCGUCGCUAAGCGGCAAGCCGGUGCGCCGGCAGCGCGAGACGGAGGAGCGAGGCCGGGGUGCGUCCCGUGCGCCUGCGUCUUCCCUUCCCGGCGCGCAGUGGCUGACGGACAAGCUCCUGCUCAACCGGCAUGCGGCGGCGCGGCUGCUGCCUCACCAGGGUCGGCAGCGCAUCCUGUUCAUGGUGUUUGGCGGCUCGUCGAUGGGCGACUUUCUCCAAGCGCCGCUCUUGCGCACCCGUGGCAAGCCGCGGAGCACGGAUCGCACCGGCGGCGCGAUGGACGAGGCUCUCUUCCGGCGGUGCGACGAGGCGGGCGUCGGCGCGGCGCUGCUCAAGACGCCGCCCACGCCGACGCGGGAGGACGUGGCGGGCAUCGAGACGAGCUGGUGUGCCGCCUCAACAAUCGGAACCAAAUUAUCAGCCUUCAACUUCUUCUUCGACCCAUCAUCCAGCAUGCAAUUCCAAUGGCCAUGGCUCGCCACGCGGGCGCUCAGUGGGCACCGACCGCCUUCCCGCAGGCGGUACUACCGCAUGGACCCGAAGGCCUUCACGCAGAUGGGCGUUCUGAAGGUCGACUUUUUCGAGGAGUUUGUCCGCGCCGGCUUCGACGUGCUCGCCUCCGACCUGGACGUGACUUGGGUGCGCGACCCGAGGCCGUGGGUGACGGGGCAGGCUGCGGGCAUGCAGCUGCUGGCGCACGCCGACGUGCUCGUCUCGACGGACAUCGCCAACCUCGCGCUCGACACGGCGCGCUCCGAGCGGUGGCGGUACGCGGAGGUCAACACCGGCGUCCUCUUCCUGCGAAACACAAACGGCACGCGCGCCCUGCUCGCCGCCUGGAAGCGCAAGAUGCUCGACGAGCUCACGGCGGGUCGGCUGCGCAAAGACUCGUGGGGCUUCAACGACCAGACCUACUUCAACAUGAUCGUGCGCGCGCUCGGGCUGCAGGGCGUCCAGUCGCAGGGCGUGUGGAGGCAGUGGCUCGCCGAGCGGGGCCUGGCCGACGGGGAGGUCGACGCCUCGCGCGAGGGCGACCGCUCCGUCUACCGGAGCCGCAGCGCGCUGCCCCUCCCUUCGGGCGGGUCAGCGCACAUCACACUGACCGCGCUGCCGGCCCUCGAGUUCUCGGGCGGCCACAUCUACUUUGUGCAGCACGAGCAGCUGGCACGCGCCACCCCGCCGGUCGCGCUGCACACGACCUACCAGUUCUCGGACACGCCCGCGUACACGUGGGGGAAGAGGCAGCGCUUGCGCGAGGCGGGGCUGUGGCGGGGAGACGGCGAUGAGUACUUUGACGCGGCGCGGAGCCGCCGCUCGAGGAGCAGCCUUCUCUCGGACCCUUCUCGCACCCUUCUCGCACCCUUCUCGCACCCUUCCGUGCAGGCGCGGAGCGGAGGCUUUUUGCGGCUGGUCGGCCCGCUCGUCGAGCCAGGCAGCCUCGAGGGGGUGAAGGUGCGCGAGGGCGUGGCGGCAGUCCGGGUCGAGGGCACGAAGGGCUACACCGACCGGCUGAUGAACAACGUGGUCGACCCGACGGCGCUGCCCGAGGACAACCCGAUGAGGCACCUCACCUUCGACGUGCUGCAGCGGGCGGCUCUGCGCGACGCGCUCGCCCUCGCCAGGGCGACGGGGAGGACGCUCCUGCUCCCGCCGCUCACGUGCUGGUGCGACCGCUACUGGAACGCGCUGCAGCGGUGUCGAAUGGCCGAGGCGCCGAGGGAGAUGCGGCUCCCUUUUGCGUGCCCGAUGGACCACCUCUUCGACGUGCACCUCUGGGAGGAGCAGGAGGUGCCGGUCCGCGCGGCCUCCUUCCUCUACCACCCGCAGGCCAACGCCACCCUCCGCGGCGCGCGCGCGAACCGCGAGUUCGACCACGUGAUGCAAGCGCUGCUGGGGCCGGCGGAGAUGGUGAGGUUCAACUACCGCCACAUGGACAGCGUGUGGGGCUUCCGCCCUCCAGCGCCCAUCGGAGAGCGGCCAGACUGCAGCAGGGCCAGCAACGCGGUGCAGCGACUUGAUGAGGCGUCCAAGUUUGUGACGCACUUUUACCCGUUCGCCAUCAAACCAGACACGGCCUUUGAGACGCGGCUGCAGUGACGUGACUGUGACAGAUUUGGUUCAAUCAAAAUAGGAUUCAACAACAGUUGUUCUCCACUACUGUGGUGCCAUUGAUUGCUCCCCAGCUUCGGAACUCUCAUUGCACAUAAGACAUAGAUUCAUUCCGCAUUUAAAU